AUGAAGAAAAUGAACGCAAUCAAUCAGAUUGUAAGGCUAAGGCAAGUGAUGAGGAGCUGGAAAAACAAGAGCCGCUACCAACCGGCCGAUCUGAACCCCCGAACCCCAUCCGGUUCUGUGGCGGUCUAUGUCGGGCGGGAGCGUCACCGCUUCGUGGUCCCGACCCGGUUCUUGAACUUCCCGUUUUUCGUGGCCCUCCUGAACCAGGCCGAGGAGGAGUUCGGGUACCAGGCCACCGGUGGCAUUGCGCUGCCGUGCGACGCCGGUUUCUUCAGCUGCAUCAUGGACCUUCUCCAAAAAGACGAGAAAAACUUGCAAGGUUUAGGGCUCCACGAGUUCGUGCAGAUGGUUUCGGAGGCGCAGUUCGGGACCAAGUCUGUUCGGGGACAUUCGAUAAAAUUGGAAUCAAGGAUGACUCAGUCAUGCAAGCGCUAUUAUUCGUCGCCGCCGCCCAACUCCGUCACGCCGUUGCUGCAAAAAACUAGGGUUUGA